AUUGGAUAUAAUGGGCAAAGGCGGCUCUGGCUGAGCCCUGACACUCACUGCCGGCACCCCCCUCGCACAGCCGUCGCUGGCUUGGUCCCUGUCCUGCCCCCGGAGCCACUCGGGGUGCCCGGUUCUCAUUCCCGUCCCAGCCCGGUGCCGAUGGGCCUCAGCCCGGCCGCGCUGCCGCCGCGGAGCCGGCGCUGAGCGGGGCGCGGUGCUGCCGGCCGCACUCCUCGCCCGUGCUCGGACACCUCACCCGGGGCCAUGUCCCCCGCAGACACCGCGCCGAGUGCCGCAGGGACGGCUCUUGCCACCCUGCGCUGGCAUCCAUGUGGCUUCUAAGCCCGCACAGCCUCGAGGUUUGGAGCCAGCGCUGAGCGGAGGGAUGGGCAGUGCCAGCCCCGGGCUGACCGCUCUGCCCCCCGGCCGCCUCGCCUGGCCGGAACCCACGCUGCUGCCACCCCCACGGGACCCCGACCCCCGGAGCUGGGGCUGCCCGGAGAGCCCCAGCCCCCCCAGCACCCCCGAGCAGCCCGUGCCGGCCUUCUGCCUGCACUACUUCGACAUGCUCUACCCGGAGGACGCGGCCUGGGCCACCAAGGGCGCCGGGGAACCGUCCCACGGCAGCGCCCAGGGCGGGCGGGAGGAGGCGCGGAAGGAUCCGGAGCAAUGUCCCAUCAUCGACAGCCAGGGCCUGGGGCUGGGGCCCGAGGGGGACCUGCAGGACAGCCUGCAUCUGGAGGAGCACUCACUGGAGCAGGUGCAGAGCAUGGUGGUGGGCGAGGUGCUGAAGGACAUCGAGACUGCCUGCAAGCUCCUCAACAUCGCCUCAGACCCCACGGACUGGAGCCCCGGGAAUGUGCAGAAGUGGAUCUUGUGGACGGAGCACCAAUACCGGCUGCCGCAGAUCGGGAAGUCCUUCCAGGAGCUGUCGGGAAAGGACCUGUGUGCCAUGUCCGAGGAGCAGUUCUGCCAGCGCUCUCCCGCCUGCGGCGACAUCCUGCACGCCCACCUCGACAUCUGGAAGUCUGCCGCCUGGAUGAAGGAGAAGGCUGCCCCUGGAGACGUGAAAUACUGCGGAGGUGACACCAGCUGGGCCGACAGCGAGGUGGACUCGUCCUGCUCCGGCCAACCCAUCCACCUCUGGCAGUUCCUCAAGGAGCUGCUGCUGAAACCGCACAACUACGGGCGCUUCAUCCGCUGGCUCAACAAGGACAAAGGCAUCUUCAAGAUCGAGGAUUCGGCGCAGGUGGCCCGGCUGUGGGGCAUCCGCAAGAACCGCCCGGCCAUGAACUACGACAAGCUGAGCCGCUCCAUCCGGCAGUACUACAAGAAAGGAAUCAUCCGGAAGCCCGACAUCUCCCAGCGCCUCGUCUACCAGUUCGUCCACCCGGUCUGAGCGGCGGCGGGACCGGCUGAGCGCCGGGAGGGACGGGGGACCUUCACUGCCUCCCUCUGCCAGCAGCAAGGACCUCGGCUGAGGUGCGGGGCUUCCCCUGCCAGGACCUGCUGGAAACGGACGCAGGGACCUCCAGCAGGCCCUGGUGCGGGGCAAGGACCGUGCAGAGCCCUUGUCUUCCAUGGGAAGGGUGAGCACUGUGGCUGGACUGUCCCCCCUCCUCUCCUCCCUCCCGCGUUCUGGCUGUAGGUGGCUUCACCUCAGCCAUUGUUCAGGGAGGAAAAAGCCUGGGGCAUGAGCUGAGACAAUGGUACCGACAGGGACAUCCACUGCUGCUCAUGGUGGGGUCCUGUCUCAAUCCCUGUGGGAGCAGCCUGGCACCAACCAAGGGUGCUGCCAGCAAUGGGAGCUGUGCCUCCGGGGACCUUGGGCACUCCCUUGAGACAGGUGCAUCCCCCCUUUGCUUUUCACUCCAGCACAUGCUCAGCUUCUCCCCUUCACUGGGAUUUGGGACUGCAAACGGGAGUUCUGCAAGGGGAGCAGCUGUAAAUGUGGGUGUGGGGCUGUGCACAGUGUGGGUCCCCCAUCCUUGUGCAUGGGGCCACCAGCAUCCUCCUAAGAGCCCAGGUUCUGUGCCCUGGCACAAAGCUUGUCCCUUGAUUCGGAUUUUACUUGGACUGCCCGAUUCCAGAGUUUGAGGAAAUGGAGAUGGCAGCUUUGCCAUUUCCCUCUGGACAAUAAAACCAGAGUGUGAUCCACCAAGGCUGGACUGGGGCAGAGAGUUGGGAAUUGCUUCACCUGCUUAUUGCACCAGAGUCAGAGUUACCUGGCAAUGUUGAUCUUUUAUAUUAUAGGUUUUUUUAUUUGUUUAUUUGCUUUUCGUUUUUGGCUGGUGAUGAGUUGUGCAAAUGACGAGGGGUGGCCUGGACUUCCAGAGAUGUUCUGUGGCAGCGUAAAAGGAAAAACACCUGGUUCUUUGUCUUUUGAUUUUUCCCCUUAAAAAAUCUGCUGGUGCCAGCUACUGCCUUUCCCUUCUGUUCUUGCUCUGUGCUGCUCCCACAGCAGCAGAUGUAGACAGCCCUGCUCACAUCCUGGCAGGAGAGAUGGGUGGCGAGGAGCAGGGGAAGGAGGAAAACUACCUUGGCCUUUGGAAAAGGGGAUGAAAAAAACAAAAAAAUGGGGGGAAAGAGAAAAAAAAAAAAAAGCUAAGUGUGUCUUGUGAUUUGCUGUGUGCCCCCAACGCAGCUGGUGUGGGGGCACUGUGAGGAUGGGCUGGGUGGGCCAGUGGUGCCCCAAAUCUCGUGUCCCCCGCACAGGUCCUCUGGCAUGGUGGGGGAGGGCAGGAGGUGACAUCAACCUGCUGUGCCGGGGCUUUCACAGGCUCAGGAGAGCGCUGGGUCAGGGCUCGUGUUUGGAGCAGCCCCAAAACCUGCAUCACCUCGAGCCCCUCCAUGGCUUUCCCAAGGCUUUGUCUGGCAGUGGCACAGGAGUCCCCAAAGGCAGUGGUUGUUCCCCUUGUCCCCCCUCGCCCCCAGCAAUGCAUGUGAACCCCCCAUCCUGCUGCACCCCAAAACCUUGGGGUGGGGGUCCACAACCUCAGCCGCCCCCCGGGGGUGAUACAGACGCACAGCAAAGGAGACCCCAGAGCCAAGGACGCUGACAGAGCUCGGUUAUUUUCUCUUGCUGCUUUUUGUUGUUGUAUCCACGGAAAUACAAUCACGAGAGAUAUAUAUAUUAUAUAUAUACUUCUUAAAUUACACAAUCAAUGUACAAAAACCGGGGUGCAUUGCUGAGACAGGUGGUUGGUUGGGUCUUUUCUGACUUCGUGGUUUUUCUUCCGGUACCUGGCAGGGGCCGGGAUGGCUCCCACCCACCGUGCCCAGCACACGG